UUUAUACAUACAUGUAUACCUACGACUUCCGAGUCUUCAACUGCCCUAUCUCUCUCACGUUCCCGCCACCGUUUAGAGAGAGAGUGAAGAAUGGUACAGUUCCACGAGCACAUCAUCUCCGAUCUACUCGAAGACCCCAGCGGCGGACUGGUGGUGCUCUCCUCCGGCCUAGCCCUCCACAAACUCAUCGCAGCCCUCCUCCUCCUCCACGACCCCUCCCAGGGCACUCUCCUCCUCCUCUCCACCACCCCCUCCCAAAAAUCAUCGAUCCUCUCCGCCCUCCACCACCACCACCAAAACCCUAAUACCACCGAAGAAACCCCCAAUAUCCCCUCCGAAAUCACCUCCGAACUGCCCGCCCACCACCGCCUCUCUCUCUACUCCUCCGGCGGCGCUUUCUUCAUCACCGCCCGCAUCCUCAUCGUUGACCUCCUAACCUCCCGCCUCCCAACUUCCGACCUGGCCGGAAUCAUCCUCCUCAACGCUCACUCUCUCUCCGAAACCUCCACCGAGGCCUUCAUCGUUCGGAUCCUUAGGUCCUUCAAUCGGUCCCUUUACAUUCGCGCCUUCUCCGAUAAGCCCAACUCGAUGGUAUCUGGGUUCGCUAAGGCGGAGCGAACCCUAAAGUGCUUGUAUUUGAGGAAAUUGCACUUGUGGCCGCGGUUUCAGGUAUAUGUAUCCCAGGAUUUGGAGAGGGAUCCGCCGGAGGUUGUGGACGUUAGGGUUCCGAUGUCGGCACACAUGAGGGCGAUUCAGAAGGCGGUGAUUGAGGUUUUGGACGCUUGUCUGAAGGAGAUGAGGAAGACGAACAAGGUAGAUGUGGAGGAUUUGACAGUGGAGAACGGGUUGUUCAAGUCGUUUGAUGAGAUUGUGAGGAGACAAUUGGAUCCCAUUUGGCAUACAUUGGGGAAGAAGACAAAGCAACUGGUUUCAGAUUUGAAGACAUUGAGAAAGCUGUUGGAUUACCUUGUCAGAUAUGAUGCAGUGACUUAUUUGAAGUAUUUGGAUUCCUUGAGAGCAUCAGAGAGUUUUCGGUCUGUUUGGAUAUUUGCAGAGUCGAGCUAUAAGAUUUUUGAGUAUGCAAAGAAGCGUGUUUAUCAUUUUGGGAGGUCGGGUGGUGCGAAAGUGGUUGAACAGAGUAAGAGUGUAAUGACAAGAAAAAGAAAAUUGGAGUUUUGCAGCAAGGAAAAAGGAGAUUCUUUGCCUUCGCCUACAAAUAGUGGAUUAAUUUUGGAGGAAGUCUUGGAGGAGGCACCAAAGUGGAAGGUGUUACGUGAGGUUCUUAAAGAAAUAGAAGACGAAAGAAAGAAGCAAGUUUUGUCAAGGAAAGAGUGCGGGGUUGAAGGUGAAGAGGAUGAUAAUGGCAUUGUUUUAGUCGCAUGCAAAGAUGAACGCACUUGCAUGCAGCUUGAAGAUUGCAUCAUGAAGGGCCCACAUAAGGCCAUGCGGGAAGAGUGGGAGAAGUAUCUGCUGAGCAAAGUAGAGCUGCAUAGCUUACCGAAACACAAUAAAAAGAAACAAAAGGACCCAAAAGGUUUCGGGCUACUUGAUGGAAUAAUUCCUACAACACCUAUAAAGAAUGUGGAAGCUAGUAGCAUAAGCAAUCAGGAAAAGGAUGCACUUCUGGCUGCAGCAUUAGAAUUAAGUAAACAGGGUAAAAAGGAUAUUAUAGCUGAAACUAAUCCUCCACCUGAUGUGAGCAGUGGAGGACGUGGAAAAGGAAGGGGGAAAGGAAGGAACAAAAAAGCAUCAGCAAAUGCUGAGGAUUCUGUGAAUGCAGACGAUAGAAGUAACAAUGAGAGAGCAAUGAAUGAUAAGACCUUGAUAUCUGCUUCUGAAAGUAAAGGCCAAAGAAAUGAAGGCUUUGGUGAGAGCAUAUCCAAAGGUGCAUUUGUUGACAAGGGGUUUCUUAGGAAGCAUGCCCAAGGUGUUGAUGCUGCAUCUCUUGGAAAUACCAUGCAGCACCCAGCUGUGUUCUUCUAUGCCCUAGAAAGUGAUCAGCAUAUACUAGACAUUUUGAAUCCAUCUGUAAUUAUUGUUUACCAUCCUGACAUGGCUUUUGUCAGGGAAAUUGAAGUCUAUAAAGCUGAAAACCCCUCAAAGAAGUUGAAAAUAUAUUUUCUUUUCUAUGAAGAAUCUACUGAGGUGCAAAAAUUCGAGGCAAGCAUACGCAGGGAAAAUGGAGCAUUUGAAUCCUUGAUUAGGCAGAAAUCAAUGAUGAUGAUCCCAGUUGAUCAGGAUGGGCAUUGUCUGGGGCUGAAUUCUUCUAUUGAGCCACAGUCUAUUACUUCCAACAAUUCAUUAACCAGAAAGGCAGGUGGAAGAAAGGAAGCUGAAAAAGAAAUACAAAUCAUUGUAGAUAUGAGGGAGUUCAUGAGCAGCCUUCCAAAUGUACUCCACCAGAAGGGCAUGCAUAUAAUUCCCGUGACCUUGGAAGUUGGAGACUAUAUUCUCUCACCAUUAAUGUGUGUAGAAAGAAAGAGCAUACAAGAUCUUUUUGGUAGUUUUGCAUCAGGUCGGCUUUACCACCAAGUGGAGAUGAUGGCGCGUUAUUAUCGGAUACCUGUUCUUCUGAUCGAGUUUUCACAAGACAAAAGCUUUUCAUUUUUGUCCUCUAGUGAUAUUGGUGGUGAUGUCACUCCAAAUAGCAUUAUCUCCAAGCUGUCAUUGCUCGUGCUUCAUUUUCCCCGCCUGCGCAUCGUUUGGUCCCGGAGUUUGCAUGCUACUGCUGAAAUAUUUGCAUCACUUAAAGCAAAUCAGGAUGAACCUGAUGAAGUAAAGGCAAUUAGAGUCGGGGUACCAUCAGAAGAGGGUAUUGUGGAAAAUGAUGUAAGAGCUGAGAAUUACAAUACAUCUGCUGUGGAGUUCUUGAGACGGCUUCCAGGUGUGACGGACUCCAACUACAGGGCUAUUGUGGAUGGGUGUAAAAGCUUAGCGGAACUUGCUCUUCUUCCGGUAGAGAGACUGGCUGAACUGAUGGGUGGUCAAAAGGCUGCCAAGACUCUGAGGGAAUUCCUGGAUGCAAAGUAUCCAACCCUGCUAUAGGUCUAAUUCAUUUUAAUUUAGUCAUGCAGACAUGAUGGCACAUUUUUAUUUCAUUUUAGUUGUUGCUGUUGUAGAAUUCCAUUUCAUGUUGUUGUUUACUGAUUCAAUGUAAUAAAGCAUUAAGAUAGAAUUAGGAACUUUGCCAUUCAUUGAAAGGCCAUUGUAUCAUUAUGAAUCUUCCCACCUUAUGAUUUAUUUAAAAUUCUGGUACUGACUGAUGUCCA